UUUCGCACUGCCAGUGCAUAUCAUUUGUCCAAAUGCGGUAAAUUGCACUUUCGAUGAGCAUUGCUUUGAGCGAUUUCUUGCAGGACCUCGACGGAAUUUCUAUCCCCAUGGCCCGCUUCAAAGCACCAAGACCUCGAUUAGAUUCCGAGCUUGUACCUUACCUCAUAGGAGGUGCUGCUGCCGUCAUUCUUGUCUGGGCACUGUGGUCACUUGGGGAAGGUGAUGAGGUUGCCGUCGGGGACGAAAAUCGUAAGAAUUCGUCACUGUUCAGCGGCAAAGGGAGAGGAAAGGGAGGCCGCCGAAAGCCAUCUGUCAAAGUGGAUCUGCAAGGACUAGAUAAGCCAAGUGUGAAGGACGUUAUUGACCACUUGGUGAAGAUCUUGGAAUCAGCUGCCGAAAAUGAGGCAUCGGCGGAGACGUCAGAAUAUUCCCUUCCACCCUUUCCCGCACAAACCGAGCACCUUGUCUCUGAGGUCAAAGAGGCGAAAAAGGCAGGAACUCCUUUGCUUGUUGAAGGGGCACCAGGUCUUGGGAAAGGCACUGCCUUAGCAACUUGGACUACUUCCGAGUGCGCAUCAAGGCCCGCCAUCUACAUGAAGCUUGCCGAAGUCCUCAACAAGAGACAUGGUGGAAGUGCAACAGAGCUUGAUGACGCUGAACAAGAGGAGUUGAACGACAAUGUCACAACAUCGUCAGAAGCUUUGGAGGAUGCUUGGCAGCUCGCUCUGGCACGUGCUUUCGGAUUGAAAGGAGAUGUGAUAUCUCCGGACGAUGGAUUAGAAAUAGGGCACCUUUUUAGCGAUAUCAGCCAAGCGCUGCGUCUUUUUCGUCCGGCAUCCGCCGCGGGACCACCGCUUUUGGUGAUUGAUGACAUCCAGCUUCUUUUUCACAAUUAUCUUCCCCUGGAUGAUCGCUACAACGGCAUAGAAGAUGCAUUUCAGUGGCUUCUUCAGUGCGAAUCAGAGGGGAUUCUCGAUGUUGUCUUUUGCAGCUCGGAAAAGUCCGUUCUUGCUGGCAUCAGACGAUUGAGAGGCUUUGAUUGGCGACUCGAUUAUCGUUGUCUUGAAUCGGUGGAAGAUGAGAAGGUCGCGGACUACUUAAUGAACACUUUGAAUCCAAGUUUGAAGAAUGAGCAGAAGUUUGACAACGAGACUGCCUACCAUUUUGUCUAUAAUUUCAAUGGAAACAUGCUAGAACUGAGACGAUUUGCGAACCAGGACAAGCCGUUACAAGAAUAUAUCCUCGAGCGCGAAAGUGAGCAUCUUGCGUACUUGCGCUCCAAUCUACCCAGUGGUGACGAGACAAAUCUAAAGGACAUAAUUUUGUCAAUGAUACUGCGAAACGGGUGCCUUGCAGUGCAUCAUUUAGAACGACAUCAACUAGCACUGGUUGAGCAGUUGGUGGAGAACAAUUUCUUGAGAUGGCGGGAUUCCCGAAUGAAACGCCGGGAAUCGCGCGAGGCGUUGAACCGAUACGGAGAAAAUGGGCUAGUUACCAGGGAUAGCGACGAAGAGGAGGAGGAUGUCGCUCUCAGGAACGAUCCGUUUGCUAUGUUUGCUCGUUCUGGCGCAGAAUUGGCUUGGUACAAUCAGUUCGUGAGGACGGUGUGCGAAAGAUGGUUCAAUGAGGGUAGUGCAUUUUAAUGGGCGGAGCAGUGUUCGUAGUCACCAGUACUGCCAUGGAUUCUCGUGGGUACAGGAGAGGAGCUCUCGCAAGCUGGGACGGUUAGAUCAGGGAGAUAAUUGAAUAGCAGAGGACAUCCAAGGGGAGCUGGCAGUGAAGCACAUCAGAAUUUCUCAUAUAAAGUGUGUAUAUAUAUCGCGCGUAGAUAGCUCGACUUCAUUUCGAUAAAUUUAUAUUACAGAGGCACGACGAUAAACGGUCCUUGUGUUCAGUACUCCCUAUCAUAUCGGGCACCUUGCUCAUACAUAUC